GGUCGCAGCGAACAAAGCGCGUGCAGGUCUGACCGUGUCCGACAUACAGCGCCUCGCUUCACCUACCACAACUUCUGCCUAGGUUCCCUCUUGGGCCCCCAGCUUCACAGAGUCCGAGCACUUGUGCUUGCUGAACGUAAUAACAGCAUUUGACGCCAGAAACACAGACGAAGCCCACCAACGUGGUCGCCAUAGUUCAUUCAAAAUUCACACUUGGCCCAACCUGUCGGACUAUAGUUGGUCCCGCUCUUGCAGCAGGGGCGUAUAGUUGUGGGCAUGCCCAGACACCUGCAGCUCAUAGCAUACUGGCAUUGUACUAUAGCUGACAGCCAACUUGAGGGCGGUUGGUCCAUUUCAAGCUGCCAUUGCGUAAGUUGCACAAGUUAAAGGGGCGACAAUGCUGCGCUUAAUUAUGCUGAUAGCUUCAGCAUUAUUGCUGGACACGACGUUUGUCACCGCCCAAAGUUCAGACCAGAACACUUGGGAAGGCAUGGUGCGCAGCCCCAACGGCGCAAACUGCGUGCAGAAGUACAGCACGCUCAUCGAGCCCUUUUACGCCAUCGAGGGCUGCGCGACACUGGUCAGGUCCGCACUCGGUGUGGCCACCGUGAAGGCCGACUGCCCUUCCACCGCCACGGGCUCUACCGUCUGGGUGUGCAUGAGUGGCUGGAACGGCACGGCUGUGGACCAGGCCAGAAUUGCUGCAUGGGCAGACUUCGUCAGCAGCUGUGAAAUCAUGUACAUCGUGCAGUGCAAUCCUGCUGAGUCUGAAGACGGGUUCACGUUUCGUGACAAUUCGUGCUUCCCGCGCUUCAUCACCACAGCCGACUUUACAACAUACUUGUCCACGCCUCCCUACUCUAUCGGGCCCAACCCGUCGCCCGGAUCCACUCCCACGCCCGGCCCAUCUUCGUCUCCCGCACCCACUCCCACGCCCGGCCCAUCUUCGUCUCCCGCACCCACUCCAACGCCCGGCCCAUCUUCGUCUCCCGCACCCACUCCAACGCCCGGCCCAUCUUCGUCUCCCGCAUACACUCCAACGCCCGGCCCAUCUUCGUCUCCCGCACCCACUCCAACGCCCGGCCCAUCUUCGUCUCCCGCACCCGAGCCCGGCACUGGUUUCCAGGGGCCCAGCAAGAAGCCCUCCCGCCGGAAUCGGCCGCCGCCCAAGGGCAAACGCAGCGGCCGGCGCUCGCCGCCGCCUCGCCCCUCGCCGCGGCAGCGCGGCUAGGCCGCCGAGCACGCUUGUGUGCAGUGCGCCGUAUGCGGUACUAAGAACACAUGUUGAUGCACCGCGUAUGGCAGGUUAGCAGAUGCCUGUGGCGUGUGGUGGUGGCUGUGUAUGCGUCAACUCCUGCAGCCUGCGUCGAUGCAUGGACAGAACAUUAUUGUGUCGGGCGCUGCGGCGUUGUUUCUAAUUUUUGCUAGGAGUUGUGCAGGCGGGGCAGCUCCGUGGCCGUGGAUACCCGCCCUCACCGUCCGUGACUUGGGUGCACUGCAAAAACGUUGAUGCGUCUCAUGGGAAUGCUGCAUUGAUUGGCGAAACCCACACACGCAGCCUGAGCACCUGAGCAGCCGCACAUUGUAAGGUCUGUCCUAG